GGGCCAUGGCCAUUUUCGUUGGUGGGCACGGGCUCUUGGGUUUGGAAGGCAGCUCCAUUUUCAGUCUCCGUGUAAACUGCUAAGAUGGGAAAGGAUAUCGUAGCUGGCGGCAAGAGCACCGGACGCAAGUCCCGCACUGCCCCUAAGUCGGAAAACGUGUACCUCAACCUGCUCGUGCGCCUCUACCGCUUUUUGGCCCGUCGUACCGACGCCAAGUUCAACCAGAACGUGUUGAAGCGCCUGUACAUGAGCCGCACCAACCAACCUCCUCUUUCCAUCGCUCGUGUGGCUCGCUACAUGAACAAGAAGGAAGACCAAAUCGCGGUCGUGGUCGGCACCAUCACGGACGACAUCCGUUUGUUCGACGUGCCCAAGCUCACCAUCGCCGCGUUGGGGUUCACGGAAUCUGCCCGUGCCCGCAUCUUGAAGGCCGGCGGUGAAAUCCUCACCUUCGACCAACUGGCUUUGCGCGCGCCCAAGGGCCAGAACACCGUCUUGUUGCGCGGCCGCAAGACUGCUCGCGAAGUGUACCGCCACUUCGGCCACGAGUCGACCUUGGACAGCGUCAAGACCCACGACCACGUCAAGCCGUACGUGCGCAGCAAGGGCCGCAAGUUCGAAAAGGCUCGCGGUCGCCGCAACUCGCGCGGGUUCAAGGUCUAAGCGAUGGCGGCAGCUUAGCUUGGAGCAAAAGAGUAGUGACACAUUCAAAGGAGAUCUUGAAUCAUCGAUUGCGUUUACACGAUUGUUUAAUCACCAUCAAUACAAUCUGGCGCUUGGAGACUUUAGAUAUUAUACA